ACAAUUUAGUCCAAAAUUAUAGCACACUUCAGUUAAUUUCUCCUACACUUUUUGCUGGUGUGAGUACUAAUUAUAGGAAGAUCAGUUAUGUUGCACCGUGAACGUGAUCAAGUAGGGCUUUUAACCGGCGGUAUCUCACCGGCAUUAGAGAGUCAAGUAGGCAGGAAUCCAAACAUUACUACCACUGUUCAGCGUCAACAUUCAACAAAAGAUGACGAACAUGCAGGGAAGAUGACAAUAUCAUCAACGAUGAAGAAAAUUAUUGAUCCGAAAGGAGAGUAUUCUCCAAUGUUCAAUAAGAUAUUUCUGACGUCAUGGGUGAUUGCAGUCAUAACGGAUCCAUAUUUCUUAUACAUUCCAACUCUAAACGAGGAAAAGAAGUGCCUUAGAAUGGACAAGAAGUUGGCCAUUGUUGCUCUUGUUUUGAGAUCUACCACAGAUCUCUCUUACAUACUGCAUAUUAUUUUCCAGCUUCUUGCUGGAUUCAUGCCCAACUCCAAGAACUGCAAGGAAUGGAAAGAAAAUGGUUUCCUCAAAUAUACUUUGGCUAGAGCUACGACAUUUAAUUGGUCAUACUUCCUAAUUGACGUCCUAGCUGUUCUUCCUAUCCCACAGGUGGUAAUUUUAGUAUACUUUUCGAAGAUACGGCCAGGGUUCAGACCAUCGAGUACAAGGAAACUCUUGUUAUACGCGGUUCUUCUGUUCCAAUAUGCGCCAAGGGUUUUCCAAAUAUACCUAUCUUGUGAAGAACUGAAAAAGACUCACGAUGCCUUCAGUAGAACUUUAUGGGUUAGAGGGGCAUUCAAUUUGUUUCUCUACUUCAUUGCUGGUCAUGUACUUGGAGCAUUUUGGUACCUCUUUUCCAUUGAACAAGAGACAACGUGCUGGCAAUAUGCAUGUAAAAAGCAAGUUGGAUGUCUUCCAAGUGUCUUUAACAGCUGCAACGACAAUCCUCCGAGGAAUUUGACAUUUGUGAAUGACUUUUGCCCUAUAAAUCCACCUAACUCCACGGUAUUCGACUUUGGAAUAUUCCUUGGAGCCAUGCAAUCUGGUAUUGUUACCUCGUCAGAUUUUCCUAAAAAGUUGCUACAAUGUUUUUGGUGGGGGCUGCGGAAUCUGAGUUCUUUUGGUUCAAACCUGGAAGCAAGUUCCACUGCCUGGGAAUCCUCCUUUGCAUCUCUCAUUUGUGUUCUCGGCUUGCUUAUAUUUUUAUAUCUUAUUGGAAAUCUGCAGUUAUAUAUGCAGUUAUCAACUCAGAGAUCAGAAAAUAGAAGACACAAUAGGAAAGAGGAGAUUCAAAAGAUACUAAAAGCGAGAGAACCUGACAUAGACCUCUGGGCGUCCAUCCAUAAGCUUCGUGAGCCCGAAGAAGUAAAGACGGUGAUCAUGGCAUAUAUGCAAGAAUUAUUGGAACAUGAAAAGGAUCUUAAUUUCAAGAAACUGCAAAAGAAACUGCAUCCGUAUCUUCUCCAAGCUAAUCAACAAAAGCAAGAAAAUGCCCACCCUUCGAGGCAAAAAGAAAGCGACCUUUGUGCCAUGCAUGACCUACAAAUAAUAUAUUUGAAGUUGGAAGAUAUAAUAUCAGGGGUGAAAAAACACCAAUGGAAUAAGACCGAAGAAACUGCAGAACUAUGGAUGUUGAAAAACGGCAUCCCUAAACAUAUCAUUCCCAUGAUCAAGAAAUAUGUACAACACAGAUUACAAAAUAAUAAUGAUGAUGUUGAUGUUGAUAUGGUGAAUCUGUUCUCAAUUCUUCCCAUCGAACUUCAGAGGACUAUCAAGCAACACCUCUGCCUCAGCCUGCAGAUCCUGAAGAAGGUACCGGAGCUUCAAAAUGUGGAUGAGGAAGUGCAUGGAGAGAUCAUAAAACUUCUGAAGCCCGUGGUCUAUGCGGAGAACAGCUACAUAAUACGAGAAGGAGAGCCGAUUAGUCACAUGCUUUUUGUCACACAAGGCCUUGUGUGGGUCUUUGGCAAUGGUUCAAUCAUGAAGAUCGUAGCGAAAGGCGAUUAUUACGGAGAACAACUUCUGGAGUGGCAGUUGAGCUCAGCCUCCUAUACCGAGGUGCCGAUCUCGACCAAAAAUGUCCAGUCCCACACCAAUGUCGAAGCCUUGACACUCAAGGCAGUGGAUCUGAAGCACAUACUCACGAAGUACUGGUGGAAAUUCCCAAUCGCUAAGCAAUAUGAGGCCGAGCUUCUGAAGCGAUUUGCCAUCAGCGCAAUCAGAGAAGCUUGGUUGCGCUGCCGACGCAGAAGGCAAAAAGAUCCGUCGCAUAAGUGGCCAAUCGUCAACCGGAAAAUCAGAAGUGUCACCGCAUGGAUGCCAUCGUGAUAUUGAAAUAAUGUUUCUAGGUAGGACUCUUUUCUGUUUAAAAUCUCUGCUUUAGUAACCAUUUGAGAUAUCUCAAGCGUUUACUAAUUACUAUCAUGUAUUAAAGUAAGACAUUUUAGGGCACGGCACAAUCAGCAUAUAAUUUUGUUGUAUAAUAUGACGACUAGAUUUUUUAAUUACUGGACACAUUUUGAUGUGAUUAAUAUUAAGG